AUGAAGGAACUGAAGACUUCUACCAAGCUUUACACUUUUAAAUUGGUGAAACAUGCACUGAGGGUCAUCUACCAGCAUUUACCUUAUUUAUUUGAUUCUGUGUGUCCACAUCCCUUUGUCUGGUGUCUUGCCACUUCUCAUUUCUUAUUUUCUCUGUCUACAGAGGAGUUCCUGGUGAAAGGCCCCUCACAGUCCAUUGUGGCAGAGCUUGGUGGGAACAUCAUGCUGCCCUGCUCCCUGUAUCCAGCCAUGAAUGCAGAGAACAUGGAGCUUCGAUGGUUUCGUUCCCAGAUCUCGGAUGUGGUGUUUGUGUAUAGAAACCAGCAGGAGCAGAAGGAGGAGCAGAUGCCUCAGUAUGCAGGGCGGACCUCACUGGUGAAGGACUUGCUCACAUCUGGAGAGGCUGCCAUACGCAUUGACAAAGUCCAGGUUUCUGAUGAUGGACUAUAUACCUGCUUCUUCAAAAAAGGAGGCUACUAUGGUGAAGCCACUUUGGAGUUGAAAGUGGCAGGUAUGGGCUCUACUCCUGCAGUACGAAUCCAAGGGCCAGAAGAAGAUGGAGUCCGAGUUGUGUGCGUGACCUCCGGGUGGUUUCCGAAGCCCCAGGUUCAGUGGAGUGCUCUUAGUGGAGAGAAGAAGUUCCUGGUUUUCUCAGAAGUUCAAGCCCAAGACAGUGAAGGACUAUUUCACAUAGAGACCUCAUUAGUGGUGAGGGAUAGCAUUGUGGGGAAUGUGACUUGCUCUGUCUUCAACCCCAUCUUGGAACAAGAGAAGGCAAACAGCAUUUUCAUUCCAGAGCCCUUUUUUCCACAGACCUCUCCCUGGAAAAUAGCUUUUGUUGUGAGCAUGAGCAUGCUGGGACUUCUCAUCUUAGGCACUAUCUAUUUUAUCAUAAGAGAACAUUCAGCAAAGUUGAAGGAGCUAAAGGAAUGCAAGAAUUUUGAGCAGUCUAAGAAGGAGGACAUGCAGUUAAAGGAUGAAGCACUGAAAGCCAAAGCCUGGAGAAAGGCGCAGCUGUAUGCAGAUUGGCGGAGAGAGCAGUUCCAGGCCUGGUUUGUCACUCUGGAUCCACAUUCUGCCCCUGCCAACCUUGUUAUUUCUCAGAAUAACACAAGCCUGAGACGGAAGGACAUCUGUGAGACUCUGUACUAUGACAAAUGCGCUGUACUGGGUUGUGAGGGCAUCAGUUCAGGUCGAUGCUACUGGGAGGUACAAGUCAGUAAUGGAGAGAAAAGCGAGUGGGCUGUGGGAGUCUGUAGAGAAAAUGUAGAUAGAAGAGACUGGUUCAAAGAGAAUUCAGAAAACAGAUUCUGGGCUUUCUUCAUUCUCUUCGUCACUAUCUUCACUGCUAGUGCUGCUAACAUCCAAAACUAUGUCCCUCUUGGGGUCUACUCGGAGAAAAUUGCGGCAUUCAAAAGUCAGAUGACCAGGGUAGCCACAUUUUUUACAGCCUGCUCUGACAUUGUCCUUGUUGCAACCUGGGACUGCCAUGGCACUGGCAAGGGGAGUCGCUGGAGCGCUCGGCUCUCCAGGACGCGCUCUCUUCCCGCCUGUUACAGCACCGAACCACGGCGGCGGACUCUCUCCCACCGCGCCGCUCUCUUAGUGUUUCUGAUCCUAGCUAAAAUUUGGUAG